AUGAAAGGGCGGGCUUGGGAGAGGGGUUUGGGGAGGGCUUCUGGGCGGUUUCAGCGUGAAACACGUAUCGCCACGCCCAAACCUUCGCAGGCCACUGGCCAGUCAGAAUGCAGGAAAAGCCCCACAGGAAGACUCCGAGAGGCUGGGCGCAGCCACUGUGGGGCGUUCCAAAAAAAACCCGCUUACGUACGCCGUAUUGCCGAGCGCUCCUUCCUGUUCCUGACUCUGGUUUUGUUCCUGUGCCUGACGAAAGAAAACAUCAACAACAAAACAACAACACAUCAGGUCAAUGAAGAACAACCGCCAAAGAGCACAACGCAUCGCAAAAAUAGCAUCCAGUACGGGCUCCUUUGUCUGUCAUCCGUGCUGACCGCCAGCAUGCAACGUCGACGCCAGCGUGUCGGCCCUGCCAGGCACACUCCAAUCACACGCCGCGCCAACCGCGCCGGCUUCUCUGCCCAUGGCGAUGCACUAGAGUCUAGCGCUGCAGAUGUGCCCAUCAGGCCAGCCAACGCCGAGAGGGGCGAUAUGGGGCCUUCUGUUCGUCAGCACAUCUCCAGCGGCUAG